UACGUGGUGCUGUGUCUGAGAGUGUACGGUACACAUGGUGCCGGGUCUGGGGGUAUAUGCUACACAUGGUGCUGGGUCUGGGGGUAUAUGCUACACAUGGUGCCGGGUCUGGGGGUGUGCACUGCACGUGGUGCCGGGUCUGGGGGUGUGCGCUACACAUAGUUCCGGGUCUGGGUGUGUAUUCUACAUGUGGUGCCAGUUCUGGAUGUGUAUUCUACACGUGGUGCCAAGUCUGGGUGUGUAUGCUACACGUGGUGCCGGGUCUGUGGGUGUGCGCUACACGUAGUUCCGGGUCUGGGUGUGUAUGCUACAUGUGGUGCCAGUUCUGGAUGUGUAUUCUACACGUGGUACCAAGUCUGGGUGUGUAUGCUACACGUGGUGAUGGGUCUUGGGGUGUGCACUACACAUGAUGCCGGGUCUGGGGUGUAUGCUACAUGUGUUGCUGGGCCUGGGUGUGUAUGUUACAUGUGGUGCUGGGUCUGGGGGUGUGUCUUCCUCUUGUUUUCUUCCCGUCGGUGCGAUGUCUUCUUCCCGUCGUCGUGGUGUCUUCCUUCUGUUAGGAUUCGGCUAGCUGGAUGUGGAUCCUCUGUGUCAGCGAGGGAUUGGCGUGGACCGUGUCGGUGGACCGGUUCUAGGUUGCUACUGGUUUUCACCAGAGGCCGCCACAAAGCGGGAUGGUCUUGCUGCGGCGGUAGCAACCAGGUCGUAUCCACCGGCAACGGCUCAACCUCGCUGACUGCUGAGAAGGCGUGGGACAGAAGGACUAGGCAGAGGCAAGGUCAGACGUAGCAGAAGGUCGGGGCAGGCGGCAAGGUUCGUAGUCAAUAGCAAUAGUAGAAGGUCUGGAAACACAGGCUUUGGACAACACUAAACGCUUUCUCUGGCACAAGGCAACAUGAUCCGGCAAGGAAGGAAAGGGGAAGUGAGGUUAUAUACACAGGGAGCAGGUGGAAGCUAAUUAGACUGAUUGGGCCAGGCACCAAUCACUGGUGCACUGGCCCUUUAAAUCUUAGAGAGCUGGCACGCGCGCGCCCGAACAUGACAGCCGGGGACCAGGACGGGUAAGUGGCUUGGGAUGCGAUUCGCGAGCGGGCGAGUCCCGCUAUGCAAAUCGCAUCCCCAUCGUGAAUGACAGUGCAGCGAUCCCGGUCAGCGGGUCUGACCGGGGGCGCUGCAGAAAGGAGAACGCCGCGAGCGCUCCAGGGAGGAGCAGGGACCCAGAGUGCUCGGUGUAACACCUUCCAUCGGUGCCGUGUCUUCCUUCCGUCGGAGCCGUGUCUUCUUACUGUUGUGCGGUGUCUUCUUCCCCUCGGUGUGAUGUCUUCUUCCCCUCGGUGUGGUGUCUUCUUCCCGUCAGUGCGAUGUCUUCUUCCCGUCGGUGCGGUGUCUUCCUUCCGUUGGUGCGAUGUCUUCCUCCCGUUGGUGCGAUGUCUUCUUCCUGUCGGUGCCGUGUCUUCUUACUGUCGUGCGGUGUCUCCUUCCUGUUGGUGCGGUGUCCUUACAUCGGUCUGGUAUCGUUGUCCUCCUGUGCGGUAUCCUCUUCCCGUCGGUGCGGUAUCUUCUUCCCAUCGGUGCAGUGUCUUCUUCCCUUCGGUGCGGUGUCUUCUUCCCGUCGGUGCGAUGUCUUUUUCCUGUCAAUGCAAUGUCUUCUUUCCAUCGGUGCAAUCUCUUCUUCCCGUUGGUGCGGUGUCUUCUCCCGUCGGUGUGGUGUCUUUUUCCCGUUGGUGCGAUGUCUUCCUUAAGUCGGUGCGGUGUCUUCUUACUGUUGUGCGGUGUCUUCUUCCUGUCUGUGCGAUGUCUUCUUCCUGUCGGUGCGGUGUCUUCUUCCCAUCGUCGGUGUGAUAUCUUCUUACAGUCGGUGCGGUGUCUUCCUUCUGUUGGUGCGAUAUCUUCUUUCCGUCGGUGCGAUGUCUUCUUCCCGUUGGUGCGGUGUCUUCCUUCCGUCGGUGCUGUGUCUUCUUACUGUCGUGCGGUGUCUUCUUCCUGUCAGUGUGGGGUCUUCUUACAGUCGGUGUGGUGUCUUCCUUCUGUUGGUGCAAUGUCUUCUUCCCGUCGGUGCAAUGUCUUCUCCCCAUGGGUGCGGUGUCUUCCUUCUGUCGGUGCCGUGUCUUCUUACUGUCGUGCGGUGUCUUCUUCCAGUCGGUGCGGUGUCUUCUUCCUGUCGUGCGGUGUCUUCUUCCUGUCGGUGCAGUGUCUUCUUCCCGUCGGUGCGGUGUCUUCUUCCCGUCGGUGCGAUGUCUUUUUCCUGUCAGUGCAAUGUCUUCUUCCCGUCGGUGCAAUCUCUUCUUCCCGUCGGUGCGGUGUCUUUUUCCAAUUGUUGCGAUGUCUUCCUUCCGUUGGUGCGGUGUCUUCUUACUGUCGUGCGGUGUCUUCUUCCUGUUGGUGCGAUGUCUUCUUCCUGUUGGUGCGGUGUCUUCUUCCCGUCGUCGGUGUGCUGUCUUCUUACAGUCGGUGCGGUGUCUUCCUUCUGUUGGUGCGAUGUCUUCUUUCCGUCGGUGCAAUGUCUUCUUCCCGUGGGUACGGUGUCUUUCUUCCGUCGGUGCGGUGUCUUCUUUCCGUCGGUGCGAUGUCUUCUUCCCGUUGGUGCGGUGUCUUCCUUCCGUCGGUGCGGUGUCUUCUUAUUGUCGUGCGGUGUCUUCUUCCUGUCAGUGCGGUGUCUUCUUACAGUCGGUGUGGUGUCUUCCUUCUGUUGGUGCAAUGUCUUCUUCCCGUCGGUGCGAUGUCUUCUCCCCAUGGGUGCGGUGUCUUCCUUCAGUCGGUGCCGUGCCUUCUUACUGUCGUGCGGUGUCUUCUUCCCGUCGGUGCGGUGUCUUCCUUCUGUUGGUGCGAUGUCUUCUUUCCGUCGGUGCGAUGUCUUCUUCCCGUGGGUGCGGUGUCUUUCUUCCGUCGGUGCGGUGUCUUCUUACUGUCGGUGCGGUGUCUUCUUCCUGUCGGUGCAAUGUCUUCUUCCUGUUGGUGCGAUGUCUUCUUCCUGUCGGUGUGAUGUCUUCUUCCCGUCGUCGGUGCGGUGUCUUCUUACAGUCGGUGUGAUGUCUUCCUUCUGUUGGUGCAAUGUCUUCUUCCCGUCGGUGCGAUGUCUCCUCCCAUGGGUGCGGUGUCUUCCUUCCGUCGGUGCCGUGUCUUCUUACUGACGUGCGGUGUCUUCUUCCCGUCGGUGCGGUGUCUUCUUACAGUCGGUGCGGUGUCUUCCUUCUGUUGGUGCGAUGUCUUCUUACUGUCGUGCGGUGUCUUCUUCCCGUCGGUGCGGUGUCUUCCUUCCGUUGGUACGGUGUCUCCUUCCUGUUGGUGCGCUGUCCUUCCAUUGGUCUGGUAUCGUUGUCCUCCUGUCGGUGCGGUAUCUUCGUCCUGCCGGUCCAGUGCCUUCCUCCUGCCGGUCUGGUGUUGGUGUCUUUGACCUCUAUUAAUAACUUUAUCCUUUUUGU